AGCUGUCUACCCUGCGUGGGAAGUGCGAGAACCUGGCGAUGGACAAAUGCCAGCUGCAAGAAGAACUGGCAAAACUGCAGCAUCAUUUGGAGACCAACGUGGUGGAUCGCAGCCAACUAGAACAGUGUAAAAGAGAGGUGGAAGAACAAGCAGACCAGGAAAUAAGACAAAAACUCCAGGAAGUCAAUGAGUUUUUGCAAGCACAGGCAACCUACCAGGACACAUUAGAAGAAAUCAGAACCAGUCAUGUGGACUCCUUGAAAAAACCAGUUAGAAGACAGAAUUAGAGAUCUGGAACAUGCACUGGGAAGGAGAAAAAGCAACCAAGCAGAAAGACCUUUUCAAAAGGAAUCCACCCAGGCAGAAGUGGAAAAGUACA